AACAUAUUAGAUACGACCUAGAAUGCACGCAUCGCACGGACUUCUCACGUGUUUGGCGGGAAAUCGGAGAGUGCUGCUAUAUAAGGAACGACACGAGGUCUUUACUCUAUCCUGUCCCGAUUCAGCUGGCAGACGUAUACAGAAACUAAUGAUGUUGUCGUAUAUUGUGUGUGCCGUGUUUGUGAUGACAUCGGUUAGAGCAACUGAAUUAGAUGUCGACACUUUAGAAGGUGUCGGCAACACCUUUUCAAGCGGGUUUAACAGCGUCACUAAUACAUUGGGAAAUUGGGGCAGUUCUAUCGGCAUUGGAUUGAACAGUUUCGGGAACUCUAUUUCCAGUGGGUUAUCCAUGUGUGGUGAUCAGAUCUUACUUGACCAAGCAGCAAUGUCGGAGGUGAUGACCAAAAUGCAGGCGCUCUUCAAUGCCAACGGAAACCCCGUACAAGGGACAACGCCUAUCGUAUCUAAGAUUGAAUUCGACCAGUCUGACUUCAGUUUUACCGACUUCAGUGUGGGGGGAGUUUACGUCACUGCAAAAACUCCCAAUGGCGUGGUUAGGUACCCGAGUAACUACAGGUACAAGAUGCAAUCACCACAAACCACCGCAGAAAAUUUAGCGCAGGAACUGAUCGAAAAAUGGAAUGUUUAAAUAUUCAAAAGUGAACGAUUUUCUCGUGAAGCACGCACCUAAAAGUACACUUAUUGGUGAUAAAUUCGGAUGCUGGAGUAUAGGAUGAACACCAGUAUAAAUGUGUUGAAUCGAUCAAGUACAAUUUCAGUAAAAAAUAAAAAAAUUGACGAUAUUCAUACAGUUGUUUAGUAUUUCUCCGCGCAAUGUUGUCUAGUUUUUGAUAUUGUUAAUUGUUAUUUAUAGUAUUAAUAA